AUGAUCGUGAGGCUCCUGAUUAACAAAUGUGGCAGUGGACUCAACUCUAUUGCUGGUCCUUUUCUUGCCGGCUUCACCAACCUGCGGCGAGUCUUCAUCACCUCGUUCUCUGACCCGGUGGAACACCUUGUGCAUUUACAUCGAAAAUUUAACUCACACUUCGUGAGACUCGGUCCUCGCGUUGUCUCCAUUUCCGAUCCUGCUCUGAUACCGACGAUCUAUGGCAUCAAUACUGACUUCAGAAAGACUGAAUUCUACCCCAUCAUCGACCUAUGGCACAACGGGAAGUUCGCGCACAGUCUCUGUGAGCACCGAGAUGAAGACUAUCAUACACGCAUCAGAAGAUCAGUGGCCAAUGCUUUCAGUAUGACGGCUGUGAUGGAGUCCGAACCAGCAGUAGACUCCACGGUGGAGCUGCUCAUGUCCAAGCUGGAUCAAUGUGAGAUCCUGUUCAGUAGAAAAUUAGGCUGCCUCGAGUCUGGGACCGACGUCGAGUCGGUCAUGUCGGGGAUCCGUUUCUUCGACAAGUACUGGCAAGCGGAGAGGUCGUCGUGGAAAGCAAGUGGCCAUGCAACCAAGCGCGACUUCCUGGAGCGAUGCAUCGAAGCUCAAGCAAAAUAUCCGGACGUGGUCAAUGACAGAAUGGUAGUGCUCCACAACUUCAACAACAUUGGCGCAGGCUCGGAUACUACAGCCACUACACUUAUAUCGCUCAUGUACCAUCUCCUCAAGAACCCAAGAACCCUGCAGAAGGUACUGAAAGAUUUGGACCGCGCCAACAAAGAAGGGUGCCUCAGCAGAACUGUUACCUGGCAAGAAGCCGGCAAGCUGUCCUACUUUCAGGCCUGUAUCCAGGAAGCAUUGCGUAUGCAUCCUCCCAUCGGAAUGAUUCAGGAGAGAUACGUGCCCAAGGGUGGCAUCUCCAUGGGUGGCCACUACUUUCCCGAGGGCACAAUCGUGGAGAUCAACCCCUGGCUCACGGCACGAAACAGAGAAGUCUACGGAGCUGACUCCGACAGCUUUAGGCCAGAGCGGUGGCUCGACGCUUCGAAGGACCAACUUACCGCUAUGGAGGGGGCAAACUUUGUGUUCUCGUUCGCAAGGCCGGACCUGGAGUGGACGGUCAACGGCGGCUGGAUGAUGUGGCAAGAUGACGUUCACGUGGGUAUCAAACGGCGGGCCGAGAACUAUACCCCGUAG